UUUUUUUCCGACGGUCCAGACUCAGGUACGCACGAGGGGGGCAAUUGGCACACGACCCCAUUCUUUGCAGCGAGCUUUUUCCCCAUCGCUUUUAUUUCUAAAGUUAGCUUAAAUCAUCACACUCCUUCACUCCAUCCCAUCAUCCCAUCAUCCCCACUCCACCAUCACUAUUCCAGCCAUGCCCUCCUGCGACACCCUUCGACCAACCAUGCUCAUUCUCGAUGACCUGCCCCAGUCCUGCAAGGACGUCCUAGCUUCUGGUGGCAUCCAGCUCGAGUUCCUCGAUGCCCACAAGGCAUCCUACGCCGAGAUCCAACUUCGUAUGAGCUACUGCAACCUUAUCGCCAUCCGCACUCGCAAGACUGCCGAGAUCAUCUCCUACCUCCUUUCCUACUGGCCUACCUCGCGCCUUCAUGCCAUCGUCUGCUUUGAAGGAGGUGUCGCCUCGGCCCUGACUAUUAGUCAUAUUCCUAUUCUGGCCCUUGACUCGACCCCUUCGCCCUAUGCCGUCAGCGAGCUCUGUAUCUCGCUCACUAUCAUCCUCUCUCGCCAACUCCUGACCCGCAAUCGUCAGACUCACGCCGGCAUCUGGAACAAGGAUCACACCAACUGCCACGAGAUUCGCAACAAAACCAUCGGCAUCCUCGGCCUUGAAUCCAACCAAACCUGCGGUCAUCAAACUGGUAUCCUCGCCCAGGCCCUUGGCAUGCGCGUCGUCGCCCACACUCCUCGCCUGCACAUGAUGACCCACGGCCGUGCCACUAAUGUCAAAGAUCUGACCACGGUCGCUCAACAGGCCGAUUUUAUGGUCAUCCUCGAUGACCAGGACCUGCUCGAGAAUCCGGCCUCAAUUCAGGUGCGAAAGUCUCUGCAGGGACAGAUCUUGAUCCACACGAGUGUUGGUGAUGAUGACGGUCAGCGGACAAAAAAGUUCUUGAGCUGGCUCGAAAAAGCAGUGGCACCAGUCUCGGACCAGGAAGCACCGAUUCAACUGGGUGGCGUUGCCAUCGUGGUUCCCUCGAACGACUUUGAUGAGGAUGUUUCGGCGACGGAUGGAGGGCAGACUCAGGAGCAGGUUCUGGAAGAAGAAAUCAAGGAUGAGGGAUACUCGACAGAGGACUAUGCGAGUUUCAAAACGGGACGGUAUGGUCGUGCCUCGAGCGCGGUUCAGAAAAGGCGGCUGGCUUGGAGGGAUCAGCUGCGUCGCUUGGGCGUUGAAAAUGUGGUCCUUGUCCCUCAGCAUUCAUUGGGCACGAUGGAGUCAUACUUGGCCAACGCGGACAAGUUCGCGCACAAAAUACUAGAUUUGAGCAAGCAGAUCAUGGCCCAGAAGCGACCCACAGCCGAUCCGAAUGUACCUCACUAUCACUCGGAGCGACCCACCCGCAUUUCUGGCAUGGUCUGCUAAAAGAUCCAGGCAGCGAUUCCCCCUUCCCAUUAUCAACGCGCUUUUUGCUGACUUCAGGCUAGCUCCUUGUAAUGCCAUGGUGACACGAUACCGAGAAGAAUAAAAGCCAGAUACAUACUCUACCGAU